CUGUUUGUUUGCGUCUGUGGAGGCCGUGAAGACCCGGCCGGUGGGAAGCCGCAGGAGCUCCUGCCUACUGGCAGAGGGGAGGGCGUCGGCCUUGGCAGAGCGGCCGGGAUCGGGGAGGAGGAAGAAGGCUCGGCUUCCGGCGGAGAGACCAGCCCGUGGAGGAGGCUCUCCCUGAAGGCCUUCCGCCCCCGCCGCACAGCUGAAUGGGGUUGCGAGGAGCUGAGCAGCUGCGUUCACUCUUGGAAACCAGCCACCCGUUUGCCUCGUCGCCUCUUGGCCUCUGAGACUCUCGCCUCGUUCCAGCCCCCUGGAAGCCGCUUGUGGUGCCGGUGCUGCGUCAGACAACCUUAGGGCGAGAGGGUCGAAGCAGUGGUACUGGAGAGGGACCCAGUGCCCGGGGGCGACUGAUGCUUUCCACCUGGAGGCAGGCAGGGUAAAGGGGCAGUCUCAGUGCCAGUAUCCAGCCGCCGCCGCCGCCUCUCUUUGGUCGCUAUGCGGAAGAAGAUGAUAGAGCUGGCGGUGAUUCCGCACUGAGAAGAGGAAGGGGGUCCCUGGCUACUAGAGCCUCUUCCCGUCUGCCCCUAAGCCAAGUCUCGUGGAUCAAGGGUCCUGUUUUUGGGGGGUAUGAACAUGAACAGAUACCUUCCAGUAGCCCGGCAACAUUUCCUGGCUGUACUGGCCAGUACCAGUGUAGUAGUGAAGUCUAUAUGUGCCAUUGUAAUCCUGCUCUACCUUCUUUCCUUUGCUGUGGACACAGCUUUUGGACUUGGGGUGACACCAGGUUAUCUCUUCCCACCCAACUUCUGGAUUUGGACGUUGGCAACUCACAGUGUGGUGGAAAACCAUAUCUGGAAUGUAGGCGUGAGUCUGGCCACAGUGGUGAUAGCAGGAAGGUUGCUUGAGCCGCUGUGGGGAGCCCUGGAGCUUUUGAUCUUCUUUGCUGUGGUGAAUGUGUCGGUUGGGCUCCUGGGGGCCUUUGCUUAUCUUCUCACCUAUGUGGCAUCAUUCAAUCUCUCUUACCUAUUUACUGUUCGAAUCUAUGGCAUGCUAGGCUUCCUUGGAGGUGUCUUGGUGGCCCUCAAGCAGACCAUGGGUGACAGUACGGUCUUGAAGGUACCUCAGGUGCGAAUGAAGGUUGUCCCCAUGCUCUUGCUCCUGGUUCUGGCAGUUCUGAGAUUGACCACCCUCAUUGAAAGCAACAUAUUGGCUUCUUACGGUUUUGGAGUGCUUUCCAGUUGGAUAUAUCUCCGUUUUUACCAGAGGCACAGCAGAGGACGAGGUGACAUGUCAGACCACUUUGCAUUUGCCACAUUCUUCCCUGAGAUCCUGCAGCCUGUCGUUGGCUUGGUGGCUAACCUUGUGCACAGUAUCUUGGUGAAAGUGAAAGUCUGUCGAAAAACAGUGAAACGUUAUGAUGUUGGUGCCCCUUCAUCCAUCACUAUCAGCUUGCCUGGAACAGAUCCGCAGGAUGCUGAACGGAGAAGACAACUGGCCCUGAAGGCACUGAAUGAGCGGCUAAAGCGUGUGGAAGACCAGUCAGCCUGGCCCAGCAUGGAGGAGGAGGAGGAGGAGGAUGAAGACAGCAGUAAGGUUGAUAUUCCAUUGCUCCCUGAGAAGAGCCGGGACUCUGUCACUGCAGGAAAAGCAGCUGGUCAGGAAUCCAGCCUCAUUACCUUUGAGGAUGCCCCCGCUCAGUUGUGACCGUGAAACCCCUACCACCUUCUUCUUCCUAUCCCUGUGUGUCAGAGCUGCUAAUGAUCCUUCGUGUGCCCUCCCUCACAGGACUGCCUGCUCUGCAGGGAGCGAAACACUAUGCCUGCUGGCCCUGAGAGGGUGGGGCUACCUCCUUCCUGCCUAUAUUAGCCCCAUGUGGCUGACGCCAGGUCUCUGGACUCCUGAUGGAAACUGUUCACUGUUGCACAGACUUGAGAUUUUGGCUCUUCUCUUCAGGAGGGAUUCUGAGAUUGAGAAUUUCUUGGAAAUUUGGAGAGGAGGGAGUCCGCACCUCCCCAGCAAGAUAAGGAGGGCCAGUCUGAAUAAAGCCCCCCACAAAAGCUACCCACGCCAGUGGCUGCCAUUGUGGCUGUUAACACUUGGUGGGUAGCUCUGUUUGGUUGCAGUUUUGGCCAGUCUGCACAGGGCCCGGGACGACCCAGCCUGGCGAAUCAGAUCCCCUUUUGAGCUCUUCAUGCCACACUGCUUAUGUGAACCCCACCUGGGCAUAUUGGAGCAAGCUCAGCAAGUGAUACAAUUUUUCCUUUUGAUUUCUUUUGAUCUCGGUGGCAGUGAUUGUCGAAAAAUAACUCUGCAGUUUCCCUUUCUUCCUUUCAGUUUUGGUAUUGAUUUAAAUGAACAAGCGCUUUUUUAAUUAAAGAAAUCCUUUGCUGUAUUAAAUUUAUCACUCUGCCCUCUAGAUUUGGCAGCAGCGGUGAACCCUGCCAAAAAAAAAAAAAAAAGCUGCUGAAUAAGGUUCUUGUAGGACCAGAAGUUAAAAGCCUUUUUGAUAACAUAACCACUUAGGUCUAUCCCUUAACUUUCUGACAGUGAAGAUGCAUAGGGAUACUGAGCAGCUGGCUUCUAGUACCCAAGAUGCCACAUGGAAAAGCAUCAUCUCAGGCUUCCUACAGAAUGCCUAGAGGGAACUGAAUCUAUUUUUUAAGGCCUUUGUUUGUCCUUUAUUUUUCUUUGCAAUGAUUCAGAUGGUAAAGCAGCUUCUAUUUUAGGUUGAACGCCAGUCCAUUUCGUGACUUCUGGGAUGAACCUUAUCCUACAGUAGAAAAUAUACGUUGUUGAUUCUGUUUUACUUUUAAAGGUGCUUUUUUUGUGUGUGGGACUCCUAACAAUUCCUCAGAUGUCUGCUUUUUCUCCUUGGUUAGAUCAUUAGCCUUUUUCUUCCUCUGAGCUGACAUGCUUUUUUUUUUGGGGGGGGGGAGACAGCAAACCCUAAGAUGUCUUGCCUUGACACCCAGCCUGGAAAGAGAGGAGCAGGGCAGGGGGCACUUAGGAGAACGGGACAAGAGUGUGAGACAAUGUUAUAAUGAUAUUUUUUUAAAGGACCACAUGAGAAGGUUUUUGUCA